AACGGCGAUUAAAAUGGCCGGAAAUUGAUUUUUUGUUGCGUUUGUCCCGGCUGCGAUUCAUCCUCGUCUCUCUCGUGAGACCGGUGGUUUCUAUCGUGAAUGACGGUUAACGCGAAAAGCAGUGCCAGCAACGAACACGAAGUGAAUUGCGGAGCCCCAGUGCAAACGUCACCCGUCAUCGGUUCGCGGCGGUUUUCUGCCAAUUUCGGCGUUUCGCGCGCGCGAUCUGAACUUUUCCAGAGUUUCUCGAUGCUUCCUCACGCCUCUGGUCGAAUACGGGCGGCCAAAUGAGUACGGAGAAACGACACAACUGCGUCCUGUGCGACGCCAAGUUGGAAUCGAAGGAAGCACUGCAGGAGCAUUUCAGGAAACACGCGAACAAGCAGAUAGACAUGCGAGGUCAACCUGUGAGCAGCAAGCAGACCAAAACCGAGUGCGACAUGUGCGACCAGUCGUUCAACAGCAUAAGCGCAACGAUCAGGCACAGGUUCAAGGUUCAUCCCAACUCGCCGACGAAAUUUUACUGUCCGUACUGCGGCCAGCAGUUCCCAUUAAAGACUCACAGGGACAACCAUCAGAAGUCGCACGACGCGUCCGAGAGCGAGAGGAAAGAGCAGCACAGAAAGUGCGAGGACUGCGACGUGAUAUUUUACAACGAGAAGGCCUUGAGUUAUCACUAUCGCUCUGUACACAAAAGAAUGGUGUAUCUGUUCCAACCGAUCGCCACUCCACCGCCCAGCAACAAGAUCAAAGUGAACUCGAUGAACGACGCGCUGAGCGUGUACUAUUGCCACUUGUGCGGUGCCGAGUACGUCGUGAAGUACAACUUGCAGCAGCACUUGGAGAAGCAGCACAAGGAAGAUGAGAGGGAAGCCAUGCCGGAGGAUCUGAUCAAGUGUACGAUAUGCUCGGCGAUGUUCUGCAACAAGAAGGCUUACGACAAUCACAAUGUCUAUCAUCAGCCGGACGAUCUGUACGUGACAUCCGAGCAGCAGAGACAGACGAUGACCAAAGUUGAUCAGGACUUCGACAUCAGGAGGGUAGAAAAUAUCGUCGACAAAUACGUACGGCGACCUAACGAGUUCAAGAGGAUGUCCAAGCAAGCGAAACCGUACGAAAUGGAGAAGAUAAGAAGGAUAGAAAUAAAGACGGAGAACUCUGCGGACGGAAGGAUAGAAAUAAAGACGGAGAACUCUGCGUCCUCGGAGGACGUUCCCACGGGCGCCAACAACUCCAGCGACUCCGAGAGCGAUACGCCGCUGCAGCAGAGGAUCACCAGCUAACGGCAGUUCCUUCUCUAAUCGCGAAAGGGUUCUUAUUUCUCUGCCCCUCGAAGAGAUUUGUUGCACGGGAGUUUGGCGAGGGGACUUAUUGUGAUUAUAACAACUGCCCAUUUGAUUCGGAGCUUUCUUUUGACGAUCGUUGACGACGUGCUAUACGUGAGAAUGACGAUGCGCAGACGAUUGUGCGUUUUUUAUAUAAAUAAUAAUGAAAGGAUACAUUAUUUUAAUUAAUUAGGUUAAUCAAGUCGCAACAGAUUUUUUCUGAUCGAUCCACAUAUUUUAUAAAUGUGAUAUAUAUCGCCUGAAUCGCGGGAAGAAUUAUUGUACAAGUUUUAUUUUUCUGUCCACGCGCCAUGCGGUGGCGCGCAUCAUAUUUUAUUGUAAAUACUCACUCAUUUAUGUCGCUCGCUGUCGGCGCUGUUAUAUACUUUGUAUCUUUACAGACUAUGUAAAAUAUAUAUAUAUAUAUGUAUACACAUUGGCCCACAUUCAGAAUGCGUUUACGAAAGCGCCUCUAAAAAUGACUUGAGAAGCGAGAUCGAGACUGCUUUGUAAGCGCGUUCCGAGUACAGGUCAUCGUGUGUAAAAAUUGAAAACC